AUGGGCCGACGACACAAGUCGAUGCAAGGGUACCAGCAGUACAUCGAGUAUCAGCGGGAGUAUUACCGCAAGCACCGGGCGACGCGCCUCGCCAAGCAGCGCGAGUACGACCGGAAGCGGCGCCACGGCUCGACGCACAAGUUGACCAAGUCAAAGGACGGGAUCCCGCUCUCGCCAACGAGCUCGGAAGCGUCGUCGACGACGGCAACCGAAUCGGCGCGCCCCGUCAACAAGCUCUCGCUGCUACCGGCGCCGAUGGCCGAGCCCCAUGCAGCAAGCACGAGCGUGCUCACGGACGCGAGCCUCCUCCGCAGCAUCUGCGCGUACCAGCAUGGCUUCUUCGCCGAGCUGCUUCCGCGGCUUGAGGAAUCGCGGGCCAUGACGACGACCAACGUCGGCGGGUUCCUGCAGUACGAGCUGCCACCGCGCUACGCCCUGCUCCUCGGCGACGACAGUCUUGCCGUCUACGGCAGCUUUACACUCUACCUCCAUCCGUUUGAGCGCGAUGCGCGGUUCCCGCUGCACCUGGCGAUCUUGGAGGGCCAGCUCCACGUCGUGGCGCGGUUCCUCGAUUGCCGAGGCCGCGCGUGGCUGUCGGCCGACGCCUUCUACCUUGCCGUGCAGCGAGGCCACGAGGUCAUUGUGCGCUACCUCUGCGAGAGGCGUCUGUGUCCGUCCACGGACGGCCCAUGGCGCGAUGCGAUCACGCUCGCAACCCGGCACAAGCGCGCGCGCGUGCUCUCGCUCUUGGAGGCGGCACAGGAGAACGACGCCAAGCGGCGCCACGUCACCAAGUAGCACGCACUCGCAUCCCAAACGACAUUGUACCCUGGAGCGUACUUUACUAUUAAAGGUUGCCUAUAUAAGUGACAAGGUGCCGGC